CUGCCUCGGCCUCCAAAAGUGCUGGGAUUACAGGUGUGAGCCACCGUGCCUGGCCGUGUUUAGAUUUUCUAGGGUUCACAGCUGUAAAGUAAGAUUCACAUGUCCAGGUUGUUCCAAGCAUACUUCAAAGCUUUCCACUUCAAGAGUCAUGUCAGAUGAAUAAUGAGAAUUUCUUUGGAAUCUAACAACAAAGGGGUCAUUGUGGCGUUAGCAACAGAAGCAGCUGUAGAAUGGUGAAGGAAAACAGAAGUUUGGAGUGGCCUGAGGAGUUAGCUGGAGUGGCACUAAGACGUCAUGUCAUGUGAUUCCUUUUUCAGCAGUGGUCAUAUGACGGUGGUAGCCAUGGCGUCACAGAUAAUAGGGACCGUCCAAGCUUGAAGUUUUACAAGGUGGAUAUGAUAAGUGUGUAAGAGGAAAAGAAGCGUGAUGGGCAAGAGUUCACAGAGGAAGCAACGUGACUGUGUAAACCAAUGCAAAUCAAAGCCUGGCUUGAACACCUCAAUCCCUCUGAGAAUGUCCAAUUACACAUUCAAGAGGCCAGUUACGAGAAUUACACCCCAUCCUGGCAAUGAGGUCAGAUACCAUCAAUGGGAGGAGAGCUUGGAGAAGCCUCAGCAGGUGUGCUGGCAGAAGAGACUGCAAGGACUGCAGGCUUACAGCAGCGCAGGGGAACUUUUAAGUGCUUUGGAUCUUGCCAAUACUUUGCAAAAACUAGUCCCUAGUUACACAGGUGGAUCUCUGCUGGGGGAUCUUGCCGGUGGUCUGGAGCACUCCUGCCCCAUGCCCCACCUUGCCUGCUCUUCAGAUGUGGUGGAGAUAAUUCCCAGAGAGGGAGUGGGUAUCUCGCAGCUCCUCUGCCAACAAUUUCUGGUCACCGAGGAAGAUAUCAGGAAACAGGAAUGGAAAGUGAAGACAGUAAGAGAGCGACUCGCAAUAGCAUUGAUUGCGGAUGGACUCGCUAAUGAGGCGGAGAAAGUGAGAGGCCAAGAAGGCUGUCCUGAAAAAAGCUAUGAAAAAAAGAGAAGAUAGUGCAGAUGAAAUGAAGCGUAAUCCUUUAUUAACAUCUCUUUACAGUGUUCACAA